GGAAAAAUAUUUUCCUUCGAUAACAAAAAAGCUAUCGAGCUAUCGUCCGCAAGGGAAUUUUUCUGCAUUUAAAUCCGUUCUUUAAGAAAAGUAGCUAACUUCAGCGAUUUAAUGUCGCUAACAAUAACAAGCUUUAAACAGCCGCCUGGAGGAGUAGUAGCCAGGAAGACAGCCGUACCUUUUCGGCCAAAGCCGGAGGAUUUCCAGCAAAUACCAAAGUUAGGCAAACAGCUGAUGCAUGGAAUUUACGAAGAGACGAGCACAACAGAGAAUUACGAGCACAACAUAAUAACUAAACAAAUCCAUUAUAUUUUGAUUAAAACAAGCUGGAACAAGGUAUCACGCCUGUGAGAGCGACCUCUGAAGGCAUCAUUCUUAACCAGAUUCCAGUUGUCUUACGACCCACCAUGAAGAGAGCAUCGACCACAACAUCAGCGUCCACGACACCAAUUGUGACUUCUCCAGGUUCUGUAGGACAGAUCCCGCCAAAGACGCCAAAGUAUACAAUACAUGUUAGUUCCGGCAGUUCUCCCGCCUCAUCCAGCAGUUCGGUGCAAUGGAAAGUCCGAAGGGAGUCGCAGAACUUGGGCGUAGCUAUAAACUCACUGCCGCCAAACACAAUCAUCAAGGCGACCACGAGGCCAGCAGGAUUGUUGCCGGCCCCCUUACCGAUGGUGACUUCGCCCCCAAGUACGCCCGCGAGCAGUAGGAGCUCCCUGCAGAGCACGCCGACAGUGUCCAGGGUUUCCUCCGCCGUCAGACAGGCUGUGUUUAUCAAGAGGGAACUUCCCCAGCCUCAGAGGACUAUGCGGAGCUUAACGCUAAGCCACGUGGAACAAGCUCCAAUGCUUCAUCUGGGAGUGGCUGCAGAGCACCUGCCGCUGUUGAAGAGGCACGUCUGCCGAACCGCGAACAUCACCCACCUGGACGGCUAUAUUACUCUGCGAAAACUACGUCAAAAUGAACCCUUUGCCCUACUUGCCGAACACUUCGAAGUCAGCGAAGCGGAUGCGGAGGACACGUUCAAGCGCACUAUCAUCAAGCUGGCGCGUUGUCUUCGGACGCUGAUCCGCUGGCCGGAUGCCCAACAUUACCAGGAACGGCUGAAGCACACGCCGAUAGAUUACAGAGCGAAUCUGCUGCACGUUCGAUCGCUGAUCGAGUGCGUGGAAACGGACGUGGACGAGGAGUUUCGACUGGGUAGUCCCACCUACAAAUUUAUACUCUGCAUCAACACAAACAACAUCAUCAGCUAUGUGUCCAGCGUAUACCCCGGCAAUUGUGACGAUCUCCAGUUGUUCGAGGCCAGCAAUUUUCGGGACAUUAUUCCCAAGUACCUGACACUGUGUGCAGAGCCGGGAAAGGCAGUGAAACGCACGAAAAGAAUCGGAACCGAUGAAGACUCGGCGGAUGAGGAAGAGUUCCAGGAUGGGCCAGCUCCAUCUCUAAGCAAAUACAAUGCCCAGCGCAUGACGGCCCGGCUAGCCAGCCAGCAGUCUCUCAGUGUUGUGGACGGAGCUCUCGUUUCGAAGAGAGCCGCGUCGAUUCAGCUGCCAACCUUAAAAGUUCAAGAACCCGCCUGUAGAGCUCAGAUGAGGGAUUUGGUCGAUGGCCUGAGGGAGUUCCGAAUGCUUGGUCAUUCCGCGAUAGAUCAGAAGUCCCUCCUGGGGUACCUCGAUGAAAUUUUAAUUGUGGCCUGUGCCCUGUGCAAUCUAAAGCGCCAGGAGCCACACUGCUAACACAGUGUGUAGGUCCAGAGAAUGGCCUGUUUUAGGGCCAAGUGAGCAUUUUUAGGAAGUAAGCUUAAAAUAAAUGUCGAAUUUUAACUGUGAAAGAAACACUCUUUUGGAAAACAA